AUGCAAAUUUUGAAAGACACUUGUUUUCUUCUAGUUUUUCCACUUCUCCUAGUUAUUGCUGACGACUUCUUGGAAGAAGAAAUACGAUUGGAAAAUAAAAAAGAUUCAGAUAAUGUACUGGGAGCAUUCGUCACUGAAUUUUUCGCCGACUCACAGUGGCAACUGAUCAUUGAUUUGGAUUUCUUCAGAACUUUAUUUCUUCAUCCCACUAGCAAAUUUGAGAAAGCGUUGAAAACAGGCGAUGAAUCAUACAUCAAACGAUUACUCACUUUGUUGGAACCUUUAAAGGAGUACGAUGUAUCAUCACCUUGUCUUGCCGAUAUAGCUUAUUUUCUCUGGACAGCUAUGGAUUAUACUCGUUCCAAUGAGCGCAGUGGCUGUACUAAUUGUACUUGUGAAUUUCACAUGCGUAAUCAUCAAAAUCACCGGUGGAUUUUCAACGUACUAGAUGCAAUGGGCAAAGUACCAGCUGGUAUUUUAAGCGGUAAUAAUCUCUGGAUCGGGUCGUGGAGUGCUUGUCGACGUAUUUCAGUUAUCAAAAAUCGCCAGCAACAGAAAUGGUCAGGUCAGUACUGCUUGGCCAGCUUCCAGCCAUACAGUUCUGCUGAUCCAUUCAAAAACAUCGCUUCUAGUCCUAUAAAGAAUUCUAACGUUCAUUGCAGUAGUUCAAACAUUUGGCCCUCAAAUGAAACAAAUGAUGAAAAUGACAGAUGCUUCACUUUAAUUCCAUUGCUCAACUAUGGCAUCUGCACGCCAGACUCUUGCACAAAUUAUGAUGUGAAGAAAAUUUUCGAAUUAGUUUACAAAUCGGCUGAAAGCGCUAUUGGUAGACAAAUAGUAUGCAAUGUGGAUAUUAUUUGUCGUAAUAAUUUACCUCACUUCCAACUUUCCCAUGAUUCGAGUUCAUUAAUUGUACUAUUUUUUGUGCUCUUUGUACUAGUGUUGAUGCUUUUCGGCACACUGUAUGAUUAUCUUGUUUAUCAAACGGAGCUGAAGAACGACGAGGAUGAGAUGUACAAUAAAAAACAAAACUGGUUCUUAAAAGUAUUAUUAGCGUUUUCGAUUUACACAAAUGGACGAAAUAUUUUAAGAACAGAGAAACGAAGUAAUCAGAUACACUGCCUUCAUGGUACUAGAGUGCUCAGUAUGUUCUGGAUCAUCCUUGGUCAUUCAUAUUAUUACAUUAUCAGCAGUCUAACAGUUGAUAAUUUGUUACCCGCAAUGAUUGCAUUUCCACAAAAAAUUUUUAACCUUAUUAUUGUACAAGCACCACUUGCUGUUGAUUCAUUUUUUUAUCUCAGCGGUAUGUUAACUUCAUAUUUGUUUAUGCGAAAGUUUGAAGCGGAAGCUGCAAAAGGUCGUUCUAUAUAUUCAUUAGAUAUGUGGUCGCUUUUCUACAUUCAUCGAUAUAUCAGGCUUACUCCCAUAUACUUAAUGAUUAUGGUUCUGGAUGUCACUUUAUUUACACAUUUCUCUGAUGGACCAUUUUGGCGACCUAUUGAAGCGAACUAUUGUCGCAAAAGUUGGUGGACUAACUUAAUUUAUAUGAAUAAUUUUUUAUUGCAAGAUGUUGAAGUUUGCAUGGGGUGGACGUGGUAUAUGGCCAACGACAUGCAGUUUCAUAUUUUUUCACCAGUACUUCUUAUACUUCUCUAUAGAAAUCAGCUUGUUGGCAUCAUUAUUGCGUUGUCAUUGAUUACUGUGUCAUCUCUGGCACAUUUAUUCAUCAUUCUUGCAAAUAACUAUCCACCUGCACCCAUACUGACCGCCAAACUGCAACUAGUGCAGGAUCUAAGCACGUACUGGCCGGAUGUCUAUGUGAAACCGUAUAUUCGUUGCAAUCCAUAUAUAAUUGGUAUAUUGGUUGGUUACGCAGUAUAUAAAUGUACACUUCGGCCCACAUUUCCUAGGUGGAAAGUAGUAGCAGGCUGGAUGCUGUCUACAGUUUUGGGACUUCUAGCCGUGUUUGGCUUAUAUAAUUAUGCUCGAACAGGCGAUAUAUCAGACCCGGCACGCAUUAUUUAUGCCUUAUUUGGACGUAAUGCCUAUGCCUUAAGUUUAGCGUGGAUUACUUUUGCAUGCGCUACUGGGUAUGGAGGAGCGGUAAAUAAUAUAUUAGGUUGGCGAGCUUGGAUACCAUUAAGUCGUAUAACAUUUUGUGCCUACCUCAUUCAUCCUAUUUUACUACAAAUUUACUAUUUGAGUCGACCACAUGCUUUUCAUUUUACUACCGUUUAUCAAAUGCUUUAUCAGUUUGCUAUAGCUGUUGCAAUGGCAUAUUUUACGGGUUUGUUCCUAAGUUUAGCAUUCGAAGUGCCUGUAUCCAACUUGGAAACUCUGUUGAUUGACAAAAUUAUGGAAAAAAUAAAGGCACAUCGACGUCGCAAACCACCGCGGGUAAAAGUACAGUUUGGAGUGGUGAAUAAUGACGAUGUAGACGAAAUGGUGUUAAAGGAAGCGGUAAUAGAAUCAUGUACUGCUGACGCUGUUUUAAAUAAAAAACAACCAACUCGUUCAUAA